AUGCAGGCAACUCUCUCCAAUCAGAAAAGCACUGAAGCUGCUAUAAGGAAUCUAGAGAUGCAGGUUGGUCAAAUAGCCAAGAAGCUGGAAGAGAUACCUAUCAAAAGUUUCGGGGCUAAUACUGAAGUUAACCCCAAGGAAGAGUGCAAAGUUAUUGUGAGCGUGAAAGAAGAGAGGGAGAAAAAGAAAGAAAAGGCACCUCCUCCUAAGGUUAAAGAUCCAAGAAGUUUCACCAUUCCUUGCAUUGUGAGGAGGCAUAAAAUAGGGAAAGCCCUAAUUGAUUUAGGGUCCAAUAUCAAUUUGGUGCCCUUAUCUGUUCUUGAAAAGAUUGGUGGUCUUGAAGUCAAGCCUGCAAGGAUAACUCUAUUUAUGACAGAUGGAUCCACCAAAAAGCUCUAUGGUGUGGUGAAAGAUGUGAUGAUUUAA